AUGGAUAAAGGGACUGUCAGCGCCUCUUUUGCCCUCUCGAGUGAGCUUGAUACAACCUUCAAGUUCAAAGUGCUUGCAAUUGAAGGACAGUUUGAAAAACUAGUAUCACAAUCUGCAAGAAUCUCCAAUCCUAAACUCUAUCAAUGCUUAUCAAAAAUAAAAUACAACUCAGAUUUGUUCAUUGUUGCCCAGCUAUUCAAUGGAAACAUCCCAUUAUCUUUACCAGUUCAGACAAAAUAUGUAUCCUUUGAUUACAAUCAACAUCUAUAUCGCCAAGAAGGACUAAAUAAUGUUGGUGAUUCGCUUGGUCGUGGAAAUGGGACUUCUUCCAAACCCGAAAAGAAUAAUGGAUCGUUAAUAACGGACAGUGUUAAUACCCCAUAUAGAAGAGUGUUCAAUCAAUGGAUCGAUAUGCCUAUUAACUAUAACCAACUACCUUUGGAAUCCAAAUUGCAGUUCAAAGUGUACGAAUAUGUAAACAACGAGAAGGUGGUGUUUGGGCAAUGCUCAAUCAGUUUAUUUGAUCUUUUAGAUGGUAGCUUACAGAGAGGACACCAGCUAAUACGCCUAGAUUUGAACUCUCAGAGAUUUGGAAUGGCAAUUGGAUCUACUGACAAGGAGUAUGAAACGCAAUUGAAAGAAUUGGAGCUGGCGAUGAAAAAGAUGGAAACGUUAGUCAAUGAAGAGGAGUCUUCUUCUACUUCAAAUGGGGGCAAUGAUGAUUGGCUAAAUUCUAUGGUUAUCAAAAAGAUUGAGAAACUAAAGAAAAAAGUUAUUAAAAAUAACUUGAAUAAUUUCAAUUUAUUUAUCGAAUUGGUAAAUUUCAAUGUGCCCAUUAUUUACAACGAUUUUAUCUAUACUACAAGGAAUUACUUGGCGGAAGAAAACAAUAAUCUUUUGAAAACCACAAAUGCUAAUGAUUCCAUACUUGCCAGCAAAAAUAAUUCGAUGAAUAAUAGUGUAAUCACCGAGAAGAAAAAUAAUGGGGUAAUUAGAACCAGCAACCAAACGAAUAUCACGAACGGCCUCGUAGUAGAACAAUCAAUAGAUAUUGACUCGAUUAAUGAUAAUGCCAAGUUUUCAACCGCGGUGGUUUAUGACCCUGAGCAAUACAAUACUCAGCCGAUUGAACUCAAGUAUCACGAAUUAGAAAGAUCAUUGAACAACUCCAAUUAUAAGAGACUAGCUGAUAAGAAUUUGAAACCGAAUUUGAAACUCAAGAAACAUUUGAACAAGAUUUUAAAUUAUUCAUCGAUUCGUCAGUUGAAUAAUCGGGAAAAGAAUUUGAUUUAUAAAUUCAAGUAUUAUUUGAUUAAUAAUUUCAAGCUAAACAGUUUUUCCUUGAACAGUUCAAAUUUUUUGAAUUUUUUAUUGAAGUCCAUAAAUUGGGAAAGAAACAGUGAAAUCCAAGAAAUCCAGGAGAUUUUGACCAACUUGACCAUGAAUAAAUUGGAAAUUUCACUAACCAAUACCCUUGAGCUCUUGGGACCUAUUUUCAAUAACAAUACAUUGGUGAGAAAUUUUGCUGUCAACAAUUUGAAGCAUUUUAAUGACAAAGAAUUGAAUCUUUAUUUGUUGCAAUUGAUUCAGGCAUUAAAGUUUGAUGAUUAUAUUUUUGAAAAUAACAACCGCGGGUCAUCAAACAAUAAUGAUUUUCUGUCAAUUAUCGAUGUGGGGUCAAAGGAAGAACUUGUUAGUUUAUACAAGUCCUUGAAAUAUAAUAAGAAUUCGGGUCCGAUAAAUAACAGCUAUUCAUCGUUUGAUAAUGAUUUAAGUUCUACCAACGAUUCGAACGAAGUUAAUGGUAUUGGUAAUGGUGAAAAUACCACAAAUCAUGAUGAUAGGUAUAACCUAGACGAAAAUUUAUCUCCUUUGGCAAACUUUUUAAUUUAUAAAGCGAUCCAUAACAAGUACUUGGGUAAUUAUUUUUACUGGUAUGUGAAGCUUGAAUCAAAAGACAGUGAGAAUGAUUUUAAAGAACAAUUGGUGUUUAAGAAAAUCAUCAAGGUGUUCAAGAAACAUUUAAAAAACUUGGAACUGUAUAAACAACAACAACAACAACUAGAAUCAUCGCAGUUGGUCAACAAUAGUACUAUGAAUAAUAAGGGAAGGAAUGGUGAGCUUGAUGAACGCUUAAUUUCCAGAAACAACUCAGUAGAAAGCGACAUAAAUGAAUUGGAUUCAAGUGAGGAUAUACUGCAAGCAAGGAAGACCAGUGAACAUAACAUUGAUUUACAAGCGAGUGGCACAGGGUAUUACAAAACCAUCAAGAGCGGGGUUCAUAAAAUUUUUGAUAAAUCCAAUAAGCUUAUGGGGCAGUCCUCAAAUGAUGAUAAUGGCGGUAUUGAAUUGACAGGUAACGAAUUAGAUUUAUCUUUGUUACAAGAUCAGAUAAACUUUGUCAAUAAGAUUUCACAGUUGACAAUGAUGAUUAAGAAUUUGAAGAAAAGCACCCCGGAAAAGCAGCAGUUUUUGAGAAGCUAUCUUUUGAAGAAUGAGGCCAAUUAUCAAUAUUUUGAUCCUAACAAUACUCAGCCAUUGACAUUGCCGUUGAAUCCUAAAAUUAAGAUUCUUUAUAUUAUCGCUGAACAGUGUGCAGUGUUCAAGUCUUCGUUAUCUCCAUUGAAGCUUACAUUUAGAGUGUUGAAAGAGGAAUCAUCGAAGAAUGAUGGUAAUGAUAAUGAUAAUGAUGAUGAUGAUGCAGUUGGUGAUGGUGAUACUUAUUCUUUUAUGUACAAAAUUGGAGAUGAUUUGAGACAAGAUCAGUUGAUUAUUCAGAUCAUCAAGAUGAUUGCAAAACUAUUGAAGGACGAAAACUUGAAAUUGAAGUUGAAUCCUUACGAAAUUCUCGCUACCGGGUUGAAUGAAGGGAUGAUUGAAUUCAUUCCAAAUUUAACGGUCGAUAAAAUUUUAACCAAGUAUCAAAACAUUUUGAAUUUUUUCAAAACUGAAAACCCUUAUGGAGACUUUGAAGGUCAAAAUAUUGGGGAACGGGAAAGCAGUGAUCGGAUGGUAAAAGAUGUUAUUAAGAAAGAUAGUUUAGAAACCAGUAUUGCUGAAGCAAUCAAUACUGCAAACAAUGGCCCUAAUAAUGACAAUCCGAAUCUUCAAGGAAUCCAUCCAAAGAUCAUGGAUAAUUUUGUGAAAUCUUGUGCUGGUUAUUGUGUUAUUACAUACUUGUUAGGGAUUGGUGAUCGACAUUUGGAUAAUUUACUCAUUUGUCAAAAUGGCCGGUUUUUCCAUGUUGAUUUCGGGUAUAUUUUAGGUAAAGAUCCCAAGCCAUUUCCUCCAUUGAUGAAACUACCAAUUGAAAUCAUUGAUGGUUUUGGAGGAUUGAACUCUAAACAUUUCCAAGAUUUUAAGAAUUAUUGUUUUAUAUGCUUUUUGACGUUACGGAAAAAUAGUAACUUGAUUUUGAAUUUGUUGGAAUUGAUGAUGUUUGGUAACAUUCCUGAUUUGAAAGUCGAUGGGAAAAAUGCUAUUUUGAAAGUACAAGAGAAAUUUAUGUUGGAUUUGAAUGAUGAGGAAGCUAUUGUCUAUUUCCAAAACUUGAUUAAUGAUAGUGUCAAUGCGUUUUUACCGGUGGUGAUUGACAAAUUGCAUUCUCUAGCCCAAUAUUGGAGAGCUUAA